CAAUAACCUUUGGGGAUAAUUUCUUCUUGUUGGCCUGCUUCUCUCCUUAAUUCUGACAAGACUGUAAGCUUUUGGGUCCUUUGUGUUGCUUCGAUGACACCACGGGCAUUCCUAUCAUCAAGCCAGCAUCCUUGUCUUCCUCCACGACAGGAAUUUUGGGCUGGCAAAAACAAGCCACCAUCUUCCAAUCUGGCAUGAAGAUACUGAUCCACUCGUCUGCUUUGGUUUAGCUACCCACCCACCUGCAUCGAUCGUCAUAACCCUGGUCUCUGUUGUCGUCCUAAGCCUCAUCUCUAGGGCAAGGACAGGGUCUUUGCCUUCACUAGGACCAGGGCUGGUCGCCCACACAGUCCAUCCUAUUCGAGACAGCCGAUUUGGUCCAAUCAAACACGACCGACACACGCAACUGAUCAAGCCCAAGAGGCCGAUUGCCCUCAUUCCCACCCUUUUAGGCCACUCUGCUCAAGAGCCCCGGAUCCCUGUCGCUCCAAGUGUCCUGCUUCUCAUCUUCAACUUUCCUUGAAGCCAAGCAAGGGUUCCCUCCGCCAGUCAAUUUGGCUUUCGGAUUCUCCACUGGAAACGCCAUCCAACAAGCCUUCGAGCUAAGCACCCUGCAUUCAAGAAACGAGCCCAAGCACAACAAGGGCGAGGGGAGAGGGCGAAGGGUCAAGGGUAAACCGACAAUUGUGAUGAUGCCAGUUGCCCAAGAACUGCUAGCCAGCGGUGCGAAAGAGAAAGGGUCACACCUCCACCGACGUAACCUGUGCUCAACGAAAAGCUACGGUCAACUUCGGUGCUUCCAAAACAACUUAUCUACCCUGACUUUUCCCCACCCUUUGCGCGAGACAACCUUGUUCUCUGAAACCUCAAAAGAUCUCAUCUGCUCUUAACAUUCCGCAACCUGAGACAAGACGACAUCCGCCCUCCCUACUUCUCAACAACCGCGUCGACAUCAAAGGAAAACAAAAGGAGAUAUCCAAUCUAACCUACUGCAACACUUUGUUUCGCCGAACCGGAAGAUCUAUCCAAUACCCAGUUUUACCGCCCGGGACGAACUUGUGUGUGGUUGAAGAGACAUCAGUUACCGCCUCUCGACAUCACAGCUCUUUUUACCUCAGCCAAUCCUGUCGAUCUGCCGCUCGCCGAAUUGGUUGGAGAACUACUCAACCGCGACGAGCAUACUCACAGCUAUUACCAUCAAGGAGGCAUUGCUCCCUGCUACUAUCGACCACUCCAGCAAAAGAUCAACAUCGAUCGACUGGGGGCCUGCCAUUGGUAGUCGGGCCACCUCCAGGUUCUCCACACAAGAAGCUACAUAACAGUCGCCGAUCCCCUCUGGGAAAGUUGGAUCGUCUUCCACAUCUUCUCCCUCAGGAACCAGAUUCAAAACUGGGCCUACCUUGGUGACUGACGCAUUCGUUGUUGCGAUAGCAACACAUAACAAAGCCUCUCUUUGGUCUUAAAAUCACCGCGCUUCACCUUCGUGGCACUUGCUCUUGCAAACACCGGCUCCAUGACGAUGGUCAUUGACAACCAAGGUCGACACUACGGCGGCAUCACAUACGAUCAUAUGUAUCCCAACAUUCACGCCACGCCGCAAUUUAGCGAUCCGUGGUCUCAUCAGACCAGCACCUCCAGUUCUUCCUUUCCGGCUCUGUCCAAGACCGACGGUGCGAGAUCUGGCAUCUCCAUGCCUUACUCCCAUAUGCCUCCAGUUACUGGCUCAAUGGCUCAAGGUAGCGCCUACUCCAGCACUGGAUUUUCUGGCACGGAUUUGCUAAGUUACCCUCAAGACAUGCCGCGCCCCAACUACGGCGAACAAGCCUAUUCUUCGCCGGCGGCGACCUCUGCGUCGUAUGCGCCAUCGUACUCUUCCCUCAGCUACGCACAGUCUAUGCACCAGCAGCAACAGCAACAGCAACAACAGCAACACAGGAAACUCUCCGACACGGUUGAUAGUUCUCGUGCCGCAAAUGCCAGUUUUGGCGAACUUGAUGCCUCCCGGGGCAUGUUGGCGCUGAGCCACCAAAAUCUGCAAGAUCUGACCCCCCGCAACAUCUACGAGGCUCGAGCCCAGAGAGCGCCGCCAGAUUCCUACGGAUUUCCGCAAGCUUCUUCGGCCCAUUCGUCCAUCUCGAACGAAUCUGGUCGAGGCUAUGCUUACUACGCGCCCAGCUCGGUAGGCUCUGUGACCGAUUCUGCCACCGAUUACAGCUCCGCAGCCUCCGACGCUGGUUAUGAAUCCAUGGCGGCUUCCCGGACGCUGCCUCGCCCGAACCAGCUGUUGGGACCUCCCCUUGGACCCCCGGCACCUCAAUCAAUGAUGAGCCAAUUUUCGUCCAAGAUGGCCGCCAACACCCAGAAGAAGCACAAAUGCAAGAUCUGCGACAAACGAUUUACCCGGCCCAGCUCCCUGCAGACACACAUGUACAGCCACACGGGCGAAAAACCCUUCGCCUGCGAUGUGGAGGGCUGUGGACGCCAUUUCUCAGUUGUCUCCAACUUGCGCCGACACAAGAAAGUGCACAAGGGUGACUCCCUCUCGAGUGCCAGCCAUUCGGACAUCGAGGAGUAAAUGAUGCGUCCCAGUAUCCAAGACCCCAAAUCCAAGAAAAUGCGAUAUUCGCCAACCCCUUGCUGAUAAUGAUCUUGGCACGCCUGACCAAGUUCGUUGUUUGCUUUUUCCCUUGCUCCAUGUACAUUACUAUCGAGCGUCGCGCGAUGGAGCCGCGCGAUGCCAGUGUACAACAACCAAAAGGAACGGGUGAUAGAAGGGACAGGAUUUCAAAAGCCCGGGCAGGCGGCUAUAUGGCAACUGGCAUCAAGACCAUGCCAUGACCUUUCGAUUCACGACCUUCGUUUACUGCAAACUUACACCGUUUAUUAUGAUGACCUGAUACCCAGAGAUGAUGGCUUUUUCUACGAAAGAUACUUGUUUUUGUUUGUCUACAAGCGCGCCUCGAUGAUCAAGGACCAAUGUGUGGGAUUAUUGGUUUCGAUUCGGAAAGCAGGAACUCUUUUUAGUCCGUCAGAGUGGACUCAAAGUGUCUUUGCGGCGGCCUUGAAGUGUCCUAAUCUACCGAAAUGAGGAAGCGCUCGAGUAAUUCAGCCUAAGGGUGUGGUGGUGAGAGUCCUUCGGGCUCUUGGAGAGCUGUUUGAAGCAGCGCAAGCGGUGUGCAAUGCGGGCCUCUUGAGUGUUGGCGCAGCUGUGUGCGUAUGCAGGCAUGCAGACUAUUCGGAAAGAGUUGGGGCUAGCGAGACAGAAGCAAGCCAACAGCAUUAGGAAGCUAGAUAUCCAAUGCAGAAGACGCUAUCAAUCACGAAUUGGGAUGUUUUCU